AUGUCUUCCACAUCAACGACAUUGGGACACAUCCAGCGGAGGAUGAAAAGAUGGAAUAAGAAUAAGAAUAAGGGCGAGCGAAGAAUUGAAGUAGAUACAAACACAUUGAAACCUGUUGUUUCAGAAGAGGGAUCAACGAGCACAGUAGCGCCGAGCAACAAGCCAAAGUUCCUCACCAACUGGAUAUCAACGACAAAAUAUACAAUCAUUACAUUCCUUCCAAAGAAUCUAUUCGAGCAGUUCCGAAGAGUUGCAAACCUUUAUUUCCUUGUAAUCUUGAUCAUUUCAUAUACACCAGUGUCUCCUGUUGCGCCAGGACCAAGCACGAUAAACCUAGGAAUCGUCCUUCUAAUCAACGCCUGUAAAGAGGCCUACGAGGACUUUCGCCGAUAUCAAUCAGACAAGAGAAUUAAUAGUCAGGUGACAAGAGUUGUCCGCGAUGGACAACUGAUAGAACGUUUGUGGAAGGAUUUACAGGUUGGCGAUGUUGUAAAGGUACAGAAUGAGGAACAGUUCCCGGCCGACCUGGUACUGUUGUCUUCGUCAUCCGAUUCACCCGGUCUCUGCUACAUUGAGACCUCCAACCUGGACGGCGAGACCAAUCUCAAGACCAAACAAUCACUCAUCGAGACAAAUGCUCUACAAUCACAGCAACACUUCACCGACUGCAAACUGUUGGUCGAGUGCGAGCAGCCCUCUCACAUCCUUCACAAGUUUGAUGGACGUAUCUCCAUGAACAGCAACGAGCCACUUCCACUCAAUGCCGAGCAACUCCUCAUUAGAGGCACACAACUGAUGAACACCAAAUGGGUAUAUGGUAUCGUGGCAUACACUGGACAUGAGACAAAGUACAUGCUAAACACAAUGGCCACUCCAACCAAGAAGAGCAAGCUUGAGCGCGAGAUGAACAGGAUCUUGUUGAUGGUACUGUUCGCAGAGAUCAUGUUGUGUUUGUCAUCGGCAAUAGUCGGUAUGUUCUACGAGAAGCGACAUGGCAAGUCGGUGUUCCUGCAUUUGGGCCAUCGCUACGGCUACCAGGCCGUACAGAAGUUCUUCACAUUCGUCGUGCUCUACUCGACCAUCGUGCCCAUCUCAUUGUACGUCACGAUGGAGAUCGUGCGCGUCUUCCAGAUAUUCUUUAUCAAUCGCGACAAGAAGAUGUACCAUCAGGACACCAACCAGUUUGGCAUGGCGCGUACCUCCAACCUGAACGAGGAGCUUGGCCAAGUCGAGUACAUCUUCUCUGACAAGACCGGUACACUGACCCGUAACGAAAUGGAGUUCAAGGUGUGCAGCAUUGGCGGGCGAGUAUUUGGCAAUGAGAUAUGCAACAAUGAUGGAGACGACCUUCCAUUCCAACAAAAGACUGGUGCAAGCGAUAUUGAACUAAAGGAGUUCAACCGAUCAUAUGGUAACCUUGCAGAAAAGGUUAACAUUGACUUUACAGUGUCCGAGAACCUUGAGUUCUUCAUUGCAAUGGCACUGUGUCAUACAGUAAUCCCCGAGCAAGAAGAGAAUGGAACAAUCAAGUAUUCAUCAUCUUCACCUGAUGAGAUUGCAUUGGUAAAUGCAGCGGCAACAUUUGGAAUCAAGUUCAACAGUCGUACACCUAUAGCUAUUGGUAUUAUGGUCAAUGGCGAGGAGAUAGUCUAUCAGCUGCUGAAUGUCAUUGAGUUCUCAAGCGACAGAAAGAGGAUGUCUGUGAUUGUUAGAGAUCCAUUGACACAGGAGAUCGUGCUCUAUUGCAAGGGAGCCGACUCGUCUAUAUUGCCACAUGUCAUCGAGACACAGGACAAAGAGGUACUGCGACUCAGCGAGGAGAGCUUGAAGCGCUUCUCAUGCACCGGACUAAGAACCCUGUGCAUUGCCAAGAAGAUUAUCCCCGAGGCUGAGUACGAGCAGUGGAACCUCCUGUACAAGAAGGCCAGCUUGGAGAUUGACAACCGUCUCGAGAAGGUUGGACUUGUGUCCCAGAUGAUCGAGGGCACAUGGACACUCAUGGGCGUCACAGGCAUUGAGGACAAGUUGCAGUACAAUGUGCCUUCGACCAUCACUACGCUGUCCAAGGCUAACAUCAAGAUCUGGAUGCUCACAGGCGACAAGCAAGAGACAGCGAUCAACAUUGGUAUCUCGUGCAAGUUGCUCACAGGCUUGGAGAUCCUGUUGUUGAACGAAGCGACGACGACCGACCUGCAGAGGACGAUCGUCUCACACAUCCAGCGCAUCCAGGACGAGAAGAAGAUCAACCCAAAGAGCGAGUUUGCCGUGGUCAUCGAUGGUGCCACACUGGCACUGGCCAUCACCAGAGAGGUCGAGCAGCUAUUCUACGACUUGACAUGUCUGUGCAGCUCGGUGAUCUGUUGCCGUGUGACGCCCUUCCAAAAGAGCGAGGUGGUGCGCAUCGUCAAGGAUCGCACGACAUCAAUCACCCUGGCCAUUGGCGAUGGCGCCAACGACGUCAGCAUGAUCCAGAAGGCGCACAUUGGAGUUGGAGUCAGCGGCAAGGAGGGUCGACAGGCGGUGUUGGCCAGUGACUUUGCCAUCGCGCAAUUCAGGUUCCUCGAGCGAUUGGUGCUGGUUCACGGACGAUAUAAUUAUAAGAGAUUAUGUGUCCUGAUCUGCUACUUCUUCUUCAAGAACCUGGUGUGCUCGCUGCUCCAAUUCUGGUUCUCCACCAAGAACCAGUUCUCUGGCCAAUCACUCUACGAUGGAGCCAACAUCCUUGGCUACAACCUCAUCUUCACAUCGCUGCCCAUCAUCGUCAUUGGUGUCCUCGAGAAAGACAUUAACUCAUCAUACCUCCGAAGAUUCCCAUCACUCUACCGAGAGUGUCAGAUGGGUAAAUGCUUCAAUCAUCGCGUAUUCUGGUCAUGGAUUGCCCUUGGCAUUUAUUCAUCGGCCAUCAUAUAUUUCUUCUCUGCCGUACUCUUUGGUGAUACUCCAACUGGCCGUGAUGGAAGGACAGGAGGACUCUACCAGACCAGUGCAGCAGCCUUCACAUUCAUGGUGUUCAUCGUCAACCUCAGACUAUGUCUUGUCAUCAAUUCAUGGACAAUACUUCACCAUGUAUCGAUAUGGGGAUCACUGAUCGUAUAUUGGUUCCUCGAAUGCCUUUACAGUUAUAUUUAUAUACCUUACACAUCAUACUUUUAUUUAAUAUUCUUGGAUGCCAUCAGAGAGCCCAUAUUCUUCAUCGCGCUCACUAUUACAGUGAUCGCAGCACUUGGACCAGCCUACUUUGUGACCGCUGUAUAUAGGAACAUGUUCACACAACCACUUCACAUCGCUCAAGAGAUACAACGAGAGGAGAAGAAAGACCUUCGCCAGAAACUACAAUACCUCAGAGCUGUCAAUACCCCUUGUUGA